AAUCACACACACACACACACACACACACUCGCGCACCUUCACUCUCCUCGCUGCAGAUGGAGGACGCGGCGAGUCGUGUUGGAACAAGACGAUAGUUGCACAGUUCGAGUCGUUGGAAUCUGUGUGAGAAGAAUGCAGCACGGGCUGUAGUGUUUGCGUCAGUCGCGAGGACCGAAGCAGCGCGUGCUUCUCCCUCGGAGCGCAUACAGAGUUGAGGACAGGCGCACUUGUCCGCUGUGUCUCGGACUCUAUAUGGAGGGAUGUCGGAAUGGCUUGCACCAGGAGAACCAAAACUUUGGUGUCUACAUGUGUGAUACUAAGUGGCAUGACCAACAUAGUGUGUCUUUUGUACGUAGGAUGGGUGACAAAUUACAUCGCUAAUGUGUACAUCAAAGUGCCGAUGCCUGUCCCAGCCAAAAAGUUGGAAGGCGACAGGAAAGGAGAAACUCUGCGGAUUAUAGAGCGACUGGAUCGACUGGAGAAUGUAGUUAAUCAGCAUAUACAAGAGUCCCCGCUGAAAGGAGACGACAAUCAAGAAGAUCGAUCUUUUGCCGACUCGUCCUUGUUCAACCACUGGGGCCAGGAUCUGGGACCAGAGAGCCGUCGAGUGGCCCUCAAGAUGUUUCAGUAUUACGGCUACAACGGUUAUCUCAGCGACCGCCUCUCCAUGGACAGACCCAUCCCAGACUACAGGCCUAAUGGGUGCAAAAACAUGUCUUACCCGUCCAACCUCCCGCAGGUUAGCAUAGUCUUCAUCUUUGUGAAUGAGGCGCUCUCAGUCAUCCUACGCUCCAUCCAUUCGGCUAUGAACCGAACCCCCCUCCACCUGCUCAAAGAGAUCAUACUGGUAGAUGACAACAGCAAUAACGAUGAGUUAAAGGAGAAAUUACAGGACUUUGUGAAGGAGACCAACGCCAAGCAGCCGGAUUUCAUUAAAAUGGUGCGGCACAGUAAGCAGGAGGGCCUGAUCCGCUCGCGUGUGAGUGGCUGGAGAGCUGCCUCUGCCCCUGUGGUGGCCCUGUUUGACGCCCACGUAGAGUUCAACACUGGCUGGGCAGAGCCUAUUCUACAAAGGAUCAAAGAAGACAGAACCAGAAUUAUAUCCCCGUCUUUUGACAAUAUCAAAUAUGACACAUUUGAGAUUGAAGAGUACCCACUCUCAGCUCAGGGCUAUGACUGGGAACUGUGGUGCCGAUAUCUGAACCCACCAAAAUCCUGGUGGAACUUGAACAACAGCACAGCUCCAAUCAGGAGUCCUGCCCUGAUUGGCUGCUUUGUGGUGGACAGGCAGUACUUCGCAGAGAUCGGUCUGCUGGAUGAAGGCAUGGAGAUUUACGGAGGAGAGAAUGUGGAGCUGGGCGUGAGGGUGUGGCAGUGCGGAGGAAGUGUUGAGGUGUUGCCCUGUGCCCGUAUCGCUCAUAUCGAGCGUGCCCACAAACCCUACACGGAGGAUCUUACUGCCCACGUGCGCAGAAAUGCUCUGAGGGUGGCUGAAGUGUGGAUGGAUGAGUUUAAAAGCCACGUCUACAUGGCCUGGAACAUUCCACAAGAGAUUAAGUUCUAUCUGUGUGUUUCUGGAUGUGGUCGUUACCUGGGGUCACGGGAUGGUCACGAUCGCUGCCUCGUGUUUCUGGGCCUUGAACACGCUGAGGCAGCGUUCGUGGAUGAGUCAUGA